AUGGACUGGCUGCCCGCCGAGGGACUUCUCGGCAACGACCUGGGACAUGCUUUCGUCCCCAUCCUGACCCAGGAGGAAGUCUACCCUGUGAUGGCCCGCCAGCAAGCCCGCACCACUCCGGACAGCUCACAUUUUGAGGCCCAGAUGGAUUAUCCUGUCACAGCUACCAUUAUUUUAUGUAUUUUUAUAUUAUUUCGGAACACUCCUAUUGUUAAGGCAAAUAAUCAAAAUCUAAGCUUUCUCCUACUUGCAUCACUCUUCCUGAGUUUCCUUUGUGUAUUUUUGUUUCUCGGUCGACCUGUGGAUAUAACCUGCAUGCUGCGUUCAACCUCUUUUGGAGUCCUCUUCUCGGUAGCUGUGUCUUCACUUUUUGCAAAGACAAUUCUGGUCUGCAUUGCUUUUAAGGCCACAAAGCCUGGUUACUCCUGGAAAAAGUGGAUGGGAGCAAAAAUACCCUACAGUAUAGUGUUCAUUUGUUCCCUUAUUAUGUUUCUAAUAUGCAUCAGUUGGCUUUCUACUUCUCCUCCUUUCCAAGAGAUGAACACUUCCUCUUACCCUGAAAAGAUCAUAAUUCAGUGCAAUGAAGGCUCAAAUAUUGCUUUAUACAUUGUCCUUGGUUACAUGGGGUUCCUUGCAGCUGUGAGUUUCACUGUCGCUUUCCUGGUCAGAAAAUUGCCAGAUAGUUUUAAUGAAGCCAAAUUCAUCACAUUUAGCAUGCUGGUUUUCUGCAAUGUGUGGAUCACUUUUAUUCCAGCUUAUAUGAAUGUUACUGGAACAAAUACAGUGAUUGUGGAGAUUUUUGCUAUAUUAGCUUCUAGUGCUGGGAUUCUAUGCUGUAUAUUCUUUCCAAAGUGUUAUAUUAUGUUGAUACGGCCUAACUUAAAUAAAAAAAAUCACUUGCUUAAGUUGGUUACCUAA